AUGCCGAGCGACGUCGAUUUGAGCGAUGAAGACGAAGAACUCAUCGAUUACGAGGACGUCGUGAACGCGGAGACGGGUGAACUUGAAGAGGAGGGAGAGAUUCGACAAAAUGAUGAAACUCAGCAACUUGGUUUGCAGAGGAAAAGUCCAACUUUGGAGCGCUUGAACGACGCCGAUGCGUCGAUGAUCGACGCUAACGCGCCGUAUAGGGUAGAACUCGCCGAGAGUGAUCUCAUAGCGGCUGAGAGCGUUCGACGAGCGAUAGAGGAGCCGAAGGGACACCUGACGCGGUGUCUGGCAAAGCGACUCGGCGGCGACGCCUUACGGGACGCCUUGAAGGAGACGUUACGAAUUGAGCGCUUAGAGGGUGGAUCGCGGUACGAGGAGGGGUUUAAAGGGUCGGGAGUGUGGCGCGAACGGACGCGCGCGGGCUUGUUCUUGGUGGUGAUCAAGAAGAAACACGACGCGAAGCUCGUGAGCGCCGCUCUCGCGGAGAGUCGAGCGAUCGACAAGGCAAUGAAACGGAACCGACGCGAGCGAUUUGGAGGACACGGACGCGGACGCGGACGCGGACGCGGACGCGGCACGAUAGAACAUUAG